AUGAGCAACCAGAGCUGCCAGGAAUACUUCAUCUUGUUGGGUUUCUCAGACAGACCAUGGCUAGAGCAGAUUCUCUUUGUGUUCGUUCUCAUCUUCUACCUUGUGACAUUGGUGGGCAACAUCAUCAUUAUCUUGGUUUCCUGCCUGGAUCCUAGUCUCCACACACCCAUGUACUUCUUCCUCACCAACUUGUCAUUCCUAGAUCUAUGUUUUACCACCAGUUCCAUACCUCAGUUGCUUUACAAUCUAGGUGGCUCAGAUAAGACUAUCAGUUACACUGGAUGUGCCAUUCAGCUCUUUAUGUUCUUGGGGCUGGGAGGCACAGAAUGUGUUCUCUUGGCAGUCAUGGCUUAUGACCGCUUCAUAGCAAUCUGCAAACCCCUCCACUAUUCUGUCAUUAUGCACACUCAACUCUGUUGGAAGUUGGUGUCUGUGGCCUGGGGAGUUGGGCUCCUCAACUCCCUAGUUAUGUCUCCAGUGACAAUGAAGCUACCAAGAUGUGAUAAAUGCAGGGUGAAGCAUUUUCUCUGUGAAAUGCCAGCUCUGAUAAAAAUAGCUUGUGUGGACACAGUAGCUAUUGAGAGCACUGUUUUUAUUUUAUCAGUAAUAAUUGUUCUGGUGCCACUGUCACUUAUCCUUAUUUCCUAUAGUUACAUUGCCUUAGCGGUGCUGAGGAUCAAAUCUGCCUCUGGAAGAAGGAAAGCUUUUAAUACAUGUGGGUCCCAUCUCACUGUGGUAUCCUUGUUUUAUGGAAAUAUUAUCUAUAUGUAUAUGCAACCAGGAAAUAAUUCAUCCCAGGACCAAGGGAAAUUCCUUACCCUUUUCUACAACUUGGUGACACCCAUGUUGAACCCUCUCAUCUAUACACUGAGAAACAAGGAUGUAAAGGGUGCACUGAAGAGACUUAUUGGAAGGGAAGAAGUCAAGCUCUGA